GGCUAACUGCCAGCAUGCAUCACAGUCCAGGCCACAGAGUCUGCAGCUGCAAAGAUGUCCAUAUUGUGUCUUCAUUCACAACUACAGCUUCUAGUAACUCCGUAGCUGCCCUCUGAAAGGAAAAACAACAUAUUAGCAGUUGCUGCUGUUACCGGCUGCAACGCCGGGAGAUGAAGCUCUAAUGUGGUCAGCUGACGGAAUGAGAGGAAUGGCAUGCGUCAACAUGGGGUCCUAUUAGACUGGCUGCGUGCGCGUUGGAGGUUUUCACGGUGUGGGAACAAUGGCGAACAUUAACAGGGAGCUGGUGGAGUUCUUCCUAAGCUACAAGCUGUCUCAGAAGAACCACCCAACCUCUCUGUUGAGGCCGGAGGAUGCCGGCGGAAGGACGGAGGGAGACAAGGCCAACUCGGCGUCCGUUCCUGGACGCGGGAGCAGCGCCGGCCAGCCGGGGAUGUCGUCGCCACCGCCGCCACCGUCCGGUGACACCGAGGCCGUAAAGGCAGCUCUUCAGGACUCUGCGAAUGAGUUUGAGCUGCUCUUCACGCAAGCGUUCAGUGACCUCUCCUUGCAGCUAGACGUCACCCCCGACACGGCCUACCACAGCUUCAAGAGCGUGAUGGACGAGGUGUUCAAGGAUGGCGUCAACUGGGGCCGCGUGGUGGGCCUGUUUGCCUUCGGCGGCGUGCUCUGCGUGGAGUGCGUAGAGAAGGACAUGACCGAGCUGGUGUCCCGCAUCGCGGACUGGAUGACCACGUACCUGGACGAGCACAUCAGUGCUUGGAUCCAGAGCCAGGGAGGAUGGGACUGUUUUGCUGACAUUUUCGGGCGGGACGGCGCGGCAGCGGCGAGGAGAUCUCAGGAGACGAUGAGAAGGUGGCUGCUCGUCGGGGUGGCGCUGCUAAUGGGAGUGCUCGUCGGUAUGGUCAUGGUCAAGAAGCGGUGAAGCUGCUGCUCGUCUCGGUCACCGCGACGCGCCCUGUGUAAUGCUACGCCUACAAAGUAAAACUAAAUAGUGGAUGUUUACAUAAGCCCCGUCUGCUUGUGCACUGACGGAAUGUGGGUUGGCUGAAGCAGUUUGUGACGGCGUCCAUAAAUAUGUAGCUUGGUGAGCCGUAACAAUCCUCACCCCGUGCUGUCCGGUGUCUUUUUUUAUAAUUUAUUUUCUUUCCAGGCGCACAGCAGAUUUUCAGUUGUUAAAGGGUGUUAUUCUCCUGACUGGAAGUGCUUAACAUGAACCCGAUAAGCUAAGAGACAGUGGAACCGUUAUCCGUGGACCAAUUUUUUUAUUACUUACAAACUGACAGAAUAUAAGUUAUACCUCCUGUUCACUGUGGAAUGCUCAGCUCCUCUUGUUGGCUGUACUGGAGUUUUAGGCAUGCUUAAAAAAUAAAUCUAUUUAUGUUUUU